AUGUCCUCUCCAAAUCAUACGAUAGUGACUGAAUUCAUUCUCCUGGGGCUCAACUACGAUGCAGUGCUGGUGAAAAUUCUGUUUGGGGUGUUUCUGGUGAUCUGCCUAAUCACACUGGCAGGGAAUCUGUGCAUGAUUGUGCUGAUCAGGACAAGUUCAUGCCUCCACACUCCCAUGUAUUUCUUCCUGGGACACAUCUCCUUUGUAGACAUUUGCUAUUCUUUCAACAUUACUCCAAAUAUGCUGUACAAUUUCCUCUCAAACCAAAAGACUAUCUCCUAUGCUGAGUGCUUCACACAGUGUCUUCUCUUCAUUGCCCUGGUGAUCACUGAGUUUUAUAUCCUGGAUUCAAUGGCAAUAGAUCACUAUGUGGCCAUUUGUAGCCCUCUUUAUUACAGUACCAGAAUGUCCAAGAACAUUUGCAGGUCUUUAGUCACAGUCCCUUAUAUGUAUGGCUUCCUUAAUGGCCUCUUUCAGACACUGUUGACUUGUCACUUAUCCUUCUGUGGUUCCCUUGAAAUCAAUCAUUUCUACUGUGCUGAACCUCCUCUUCUAAUGUUGGCCUGCUCUGACACCUCUGUCAAAAAGACGGCAAUGUUUGUAGUUGCCAGCUUUACACUCUCAAGUUCUCUAUUUAUCAUCCUUCUGUCCUACCUUUCCAUUUUUGCAACCAUGUUGAAGAUGCAUUCUGCUCAAGGCAGGCACAAAGACUUCUCUACUUGUGGUUCCCAUUUGACAACAGUUACCAUAUUUUAUGGAACUCUCUUCUGCAUGUACUUAAGGGCUCCAACUGAUAAGUCCAUAAAGGAGUCCAAAAUAAUUGCAGUCUUUUAUGUUCUUUUGAGCCCAAUGUUGAACCCAUUGAUCUAUAGUCUAAGGAACAAGGGUAUGAUCCAUACUAUGCAACAAAUGAUCAAGGGAAAUUUCUUUAAUUAA